AUGCCUAUGUCUUUCCAGGAUUUUCAAAGCGUUGGGCAAGAUACCGCAUAUGCUCCAAAGAAGCCUUUCCAGGUUUAUUUCGAUCUACUAAGCAAUCUCGAGAUACAGAUGGCUCUUGAAAAUGGGCUCUAUGCAAUCGUCGCGGAUGGUGUGCACUCACUGCACCCGAAGAGCCUGGGAUACCAUGCACAACUGUAUUGUGUGCAUGGAGUUUGUAGCCGAGAAGUGGACUUGCCGCUGAUGUUCUGCAUCACGGAAAAGAAGACGCGUCGGGUUUAUAAGAAGAUUUUUGAGCACUUGAAAGCGAAUCUGCGAGGGGAAACCCCUCGACGCAUAGUGCUCGACUUCGAAAAGGCAGCUAUUCAUGCUGCCAAAAUGGUCUUCCCUACCGCGUCUGUGGAAUGCUGUGCAUUUCAUUUGGCCCAGGCCUGGAGCCGAAAAAGGAACGCACUAACACUCAAGAAGUACAUCCAAGGCCCCGAAAGAGAUGUCCGCUUCGUAAACGAUGAAAGGUUGCUAAAUUAUUUUUCUGUAGUUGCUACGAUUAUGAGUACAGAUAUUCUUAGUAUUACAGGAAUCGUUUUUCUCCCACAAGGGCUACUGCGGGAUGUACGAGCCCUGCACAAUCCUCCAGUACCCAGCGACCACAGUGCCUAUGCAGACUGCCAGGAGUUCCUAGAUUAUUUGAGGACUAUCUGGAUUGACGGACCAUUCAAAGGACUGUGGUGCAAAUGGGGUCUUGAGGAGUUGAGAACAACCAACUUGGCUGAGGCCUUCCAUAGGCGGAUUCAGGUGAUUGCAUCGGUCGACCACCCACCAUUGAGCAUCUUGAUCGAUAUUUUGAAGAAGCUCAAUUAUGAGGCUAAAGCUGCUCUCACGCGCCUCAAAGAGGUAAGCAUCCCGGGAGCGUAA